AUGAAGCAAUUUCAAUCUUUCAGUACAAUUGCUAAAGAGGCUCUAUUAGAUUCCCCUGACCUAACUGCUCGACAGAAAUCAAAUUCAAAUAACCAUGCAACAGUAACUAAUACUAUCACAAAACCAGCAUCCACCACACUUGAAUCUGAUAGCGCAAAAGAACUUGAUCCAAGAUUGGAUAAUGUCAUUACAAAUUAUAACGAAACAGAAUCGUUUAUUGAAGUAGAUAUCAUUAAUCCAAAGAUCCAUGAACCAAUACCCCACAAUGAUGCAAGUAGUAACCAUACAACAUUCAAUAGAUUCACAGACUAUGAGAUUGUGACAAGAACGAAUCUGCCCCAGUUUCCUAAAAGAAUCAGCCAUGUACGUCGUAGAUAUUCUGAUUUCGAAUUGUUUAGACAUUUUCUUAAGAAAGAAAUCCAACUGAAUGAGAGAUUGAAUAAGAUUAAACUACCUCAUUUGCCAAGCAAAUUGAUCUGGCAGAACAGAUUCGAUCCUUCGGUAAUUGAACAAAGACAGAAAGAUUUGGAACAAUGGAUACGAUUCGUUGCUGGUCAUCCCUUAAUUCAGACUAAUUGUCCAACUUUGAUUAGAUUCCUACAACAGGAAAAUUUCACAGGUUAA